GCUCAGCCAAUCAUGAGUAAGUAACAGCACAGUCGUAUUUACAUGAAGACUGUACAUAAGAAGGAGUCUGUGUCUGUCCGACAGAAACAGUCUGUCCAGAACCGAACCAUGGCAGGAGAGAGCGGACCCAAAGCGCCCAAGAAGGGAGCGAAGAAGGCGGUCUCAAAGGCCACCAAGAGCGGGAAGAAGAGGAGGAGACCCAGGAAGGAGAGCUACGCCAUCUACGUCUACAAGGUCCUGAAGCAGGUCCAUCCCGACACCGGGAUCUCCUCCAAGGCCAUGGGCAUCAUGAACUCCUUCGUCGGGGACAUCUUUGAGCGCAUCGCCGGGGAGGCCUCCCGUCUGGCUCACUACAACAAGCGCUCCACCAUCACCUCCAGGGAGAUCCAGACCGCCGUCCGCCUGCUGCUGCCCGGAGAGCUGGCCAAGCACGCCGUGUCCGAGGGCACCAAGGCCGUGACCAAGUACACCAGCUCCAAGUAAAGACCCAACCUGACCAACGGUCCUUUUAAGGACCACCACGUCCUCACCUCAGAGCUCUCAUCCUGGUCCACACCUGACAACACUCGGGUUUCUGUUCCCCGUGUUUCAGACCCCUCUCCCGUGGAUCUCCUGUAGUUUGUCGGUCCUCCUUCACUCGUGGAUCAGAUCUCUGUUUUAGUCUCUCAGACUCUGGUUCGGUCCUGUGACAGUUUGGGAUGAUUCGGGUUGAAGCUGUAAACUUUAUUUAAACAGAGUUUGUUGUAAAAUCAACACUUUAAUAAACAAACAUAAGAUCGAAUAUUUACGAUGAUCGGAGUGAUGCGUUCAGGGCAGCCUCGGAGAACAGAGUGUUGUAUUUCACACACAGAUGUUCAGAGAGACUCAAACAGGAGAGAGGACGGAGAACAGAGGAGGACUUUAAUGUUCGAGGACUGAAGUUCAGAUCAGAGAUAUUAUUAUUUUAUAAUCAUGAGUUUUUGUUAAAACAGAAAAGUCUUCAGCUUCACUUCGACUGAUUUAAAUGAUUUCAUUAUGAAUCCUCUCAGAACUCGCUCAGAUCCACCAGACUAGAGAACCUCAAACCUGACCGCAGGUCUGACCCGGUCUGUCAGUCCGGUCCGAGGUUCGACUCUGAUCCAGUAGGUGAUCAGAGGUGAAUGUUCCUGUAAAUAUGAGGUUUCUAGGUCUGAUUAUCUCCAUUCUCUGUUAUUCUGUGUAAAUAAAUCAGUCUGAACACGAA